AUGCUUAUGUCUGGAAACAGAGAGAAUGACGAGAAGAAGACCUCCCAUUUAAAGGACCUGCAGUCACUUGGCCCCUUGAAGAUCUUUCGUGUCGACUUGAACGAAGAAGGAAGCUUCGAUGAGGCCAUCACCGGCUGCGUCUUCGUCUUCCUCGUCGCUGCACCGGUGGUCGUCGACUCAGAAAAUCUUGAGGAGGACAUUACUGAAACCAACGUCCGAGGCACUUUGAACGUGAUGGGGUCCUGCGUGAGAGCGAGGGCGACGGUGAAGCGCGUGGUCCUGACAUCGUCGGUCGCCGCCGUGCUCCACGACGGCAGGACGACGAUGCAAGGCGGCGACGAUGGGCAUGUGGUGGUGGACGAGUCGUCAUGGUCCGACCUCGACUACCUCGCUACCCUGCCCAACCACCCAUCUGCAAAUUGGGCUAAGGCGUACGGGGCAGGGAAGGUGCGGUCGGAGAAGGAGGCAAGCAGGGUGGCGCGGGAGAACGGCAUCAGCCUCGUCACCGUGCUCCCCGUCAUCGUCGUCGGCGCCGCGCCGGCGACCAGGGGGUUCAACUCCAGCUCCCUCGUCCUCAGCUUGCUCGCCGGCCAUGAGGCGACGACGGAGAUGCUGAAGGCCACCCAGGAUCUCGCCGGCGGCACGACGCCGCUGGUCCACCUCCGCGACGUCUGCCGCGCGCAGGUGUUCCUCGCCGAGAAGGGCGAGGCGGCGGCGGCGGCGGGAGGGAGAUACCUCUGCUGCGGCGCCAACACCACCGUGGCGCGGCUCGCCGGCUUCCUCGCCGGGAAGUUCCCGCAGUACAAUGUGAAAACCGAUGGGUUUGGCGACGUUGCCGAGGAGCCAAGGAUGUUGAUCUCGUCGGAGAAGCUGGUCGGGGAAGGGUUCGAGUACGAGGGCAAGAACCUGGACGACAUGUUCGACGAUGCUGUCGAGUACGGCAAGGCGUUGGGGAUGCUGCCAUAAGCCGUAGUGAUGAUACAGUAGCAGACUGAUGUGUGGGCCCGGACCCACAUGUGAGUUACUGCUACUGCAUCAGCAGUGAAUCUGCAUCCGUUCGUAACAUGUGGGUAGAAUGUAGUAUAUGCCCUUGCUAUACAUAUCCAUCCGAAUAAUCAUGAACAUUAUCGAAAUAAUUUGAUAGCAUGGAUUGUGACGUCAUACUACAAUAUUUCAUAUAUGCAUGUAUAAAUUCGAUGCCAAAUGAAGAGAAAAAUGAAUCCACAUGUGCAUGGUCUUGACUAUUUUACUGCCUAAGUUGAUUUAUUUUUCUAGAUGUUUUGACCGAGUUUGAUCAUCCAAAUUUGUGUAGUGAAAUACAACAGCAUAAUCUAUGUUUUCAAUUUUGUUUUAUUUUUUUAACAAAUCAAAUGACUUGCGCAAAACGGGUACUUUUCCCUGAGUAAAAUGACUUCUUCCGCAGCUUCGUUCAAUUUUUUGGGUUUGGUUUCGACUUUCUUCAACGUUAGUUGUAUUUUGUCCAUGACACGGAAAAGAAUUCCCACCUUAGAAUCCUAUGAAGUAGUCUAUCCACCCAUGAGAAUCAUGGAAUACCCCCAAAAGAGCACUCAAUUGGGUUCGAAUUUUUCCAAGCCCUAUGAAACAGAGGUAA